GGAACACAAUGGGAAACAUAGAAACAGAGAACAUGAUGCAGCCACCGCUGGAGAAUGUGUCCAGUGUCUUAGUAUUUACACUCUCUGGACUUAAUGAAACACUGGAAAAUAGAUUUGUGUUUUUUUCCCUCACUGCACUGUUUUAUCCCCUAAUGGUGUUAUGCAAUGUAGUUAUAAUUUUCACUAUAAUCUCACAAAGGACGCUUCAUGAGCCAAUGUAUGUUUUUAUAUGUAAUCUGAGCAUAAAUGCACUUUAUGGCACUGCUGGAUUCUUCCCUAAAUUCAUGUAUGAUUUGUUAUCAGAGAAUCACAUUGUUUCUUAUGCUGGAUGUAUGAUUCAGAUAUUUGUCAUUUAUUCAUUUGCCUUGUGUGAAAUUUCAACAUUAACAGUGAUGGCAUAUGACAGAUAUGUGGCAAUAUGUAGACCACUGGAGUAUCAUUCAAUAAUGACUAGUCAAAGGGUUCUUGAAUGUAUCCUUUUCUCCUGGCUGGCUCCAUUUUCUUGCAUGUCUGUUUUAAUUGUAUUAACAACUAGACUCACUUUAUGUGGCUCUACUAUUGAAAAGGUAUAUUGUGAGAUUUGGGCAGUUGCAAAACUGUCGUGUUUUUCUACCACUGUAAAUAAUGUGUUUGGGUACAUUGUUAUUUUUGUAUGCUUUGGACAUGGUUUAAUGAUAUAUUGCUCCUAUUUUCAGUUGAUUAGAAAGUGCCUAAAGUCAGUAGAGGUCAGGCGCAAAUUCAUGCAAACAUGCAUGCCACAUCUGCUUUCAUUGUUCAAUGUGGCUACUGCAAUGUUUUUUGAUGUACUGUACAGUCGUUAUGGCUCAAAGAAUAUUCCUCAAGGUGUGCGUAAUUUCAUGGCCAUGGAAUUCUUACUUUUACCAACCAUUUUGAACCCUUUUAUUUAUGGAGUAAAUCUGACAACAAUUCGGCAGGAAGUUUUGAGGCUUUUUUUCAAGAAACAAGUGAGAAUAUCUGAGUAAAUAUUUAGUCAAAAGAUCCUAUGCCUUUUUUUUUUUUUUUUUGUCUGUGACCCUUAUAUUCUCAGAAUCAGAAUGAGCUUUUUUCACCAAGUGUGCACAAACACUUGGAGCUCUUGGUACAUACAUACAUACAUGACACGAGAACAGAAAGAACAUUUAAAUAAGGCUAAGGAAAAAAAUAAACAAUGAUAGUAAUAACGUGGUAUACAUCUGGAACAGAAGACUUAAUUACAGAUUUGUGCAUUGUGUACUGUAUGUACAGCUGUAUAAAUAAAAUCUGCUUUUGUAUUUA